AUGCUGCAACCACAACACAGCGGAAAUUGUUCUCCUCCAACAACCACAACACCCCGAGACUCGAGUAACGAGCUCGGACACUGGCCCACAACUCCAUCAUCAUCGGGUCUCAAUCAACCUAAUAAUAUCCCAAAUAUUUUUGAUUCCAACAAGAUCCACAAUGCCGAUAAAGGCUAUCAUUUUUUAAAUUCCGAGUUGUACAAUAGAAAUAAUAAUAAUUCCAAUUCUGACAAUAAUUUGCUAUGUACUGUCUUUACCACGCAAAAUUCACAAUAUCAAGACCAACUAGUACCUGUAUCUAUAUUCUUGCCAUUUACACUUCGAUCUGUUCCUUUAGAAAUUAUUUCUUUUGGAGAAAUUGUGGAAUCAAAGCCCUCAAAUUACGAAUCAUCAAACGCAGCAACAAAUUCUGCCCGAGAAUUAUUUCAUCAAGUUGAAAAAUUUUGGAGAAAGUUCAAAGGAGAAUUUGUACAUCCAUAUCCAAUUGGAUUUCAAGCAAUUUUAAGAUUACGACGAAGAAGACGAGUAAAAAAAUCCCCUGAGGCUGAUUGGAUUUCAGACACAGCCAUUGAGAGGAUUCAAUUAAAGCUAGAAAUUAUUAAAGGGGAAGUAGGUCCUCAAUUUGUGGUCACUGAUAUCUCGAGCAGUAAAGGAGUGGGACAACGAUUUGUAGGAAGUAGCUGCUCUCAUCCUUUUACAGAAGCAUUUCAAUUAUAUCAACCAGAUGAAGUCCCAGACACAAAUGAAAAUGGAGAAAUAAUAGAAUAUUCAUAUCUCGAUGUUGACACUGAUGAGCUGACAGGAUUAAGUGCGUUUGGUUUUUGUGACCUUUAUUUUCAAAGCAUUCUCAACAGCAUUGCAAAACAGGCUCAUCGAUAUUUACCUGAUCAAAUUAAUAUUUUCGAUGGAAGAAGCAAGGAAUUUUGGAAAACGACGCUUGAACGAGAAAAACAAAAACUAAUGAUGGAAAUUGUAGAGUUGGAAAAAAAGAAACAAGUUCUCAUGAAACUAUCCACCACAAAACCUAGCACACGCGACAGUAGUAAUCCUGUCACCACCAAACCAAGAAGAGUGGUCAAGAAGAGAACAAAGAGACCUGUAAUGGAUGUGGAAGACACUCCAUCUUUUGCUGAUGGAGAAGAUUCAUUGAAAGAAGCUGUCUCAGAUUCUGAGCCAUCUCAACAACAAAUUUCUCCCAAUAAUAUCGGCUCUGCAUCUUCCAUUGUCUCUCCCAUUAAGAAGAUUAAAAUGGAUGGAACGGCCACCGAAGAAGUAUCCACACCAAAUCGAAUUGAGGCUGUUUUUCCAACCACAAACAAUAAUGCUAUGGACCUGCAGAACGAUCUCGAAAUUGGACCUUCUUCGAGUAGCAUGCAUGACGAUUUGGAGCUACGACUUCUUAAAGGUUCACCUCAUCCGCCUUCAUCAAACCAUCAAUCUCCAAUCAAACCCUCCAACAUGCAGCAAUCCCAACCAACCAUUGAAAAAAGGAAUACCGUAAGCCAAGAAUCCAUUGCAGAAGAUAGUGACAAGGAAGAUCAACAUGUCCAUGUAACGCCGACCCGUAUGUCACUUGUAAAUAUGCCAAAUUCACCCAAACUUGAGAAAAUUAACAUUUCACCUGCCAAGAGAAAUCCCAUUUCCUUAGAACUGAAGGAUGCAGUAGACAUUAUGGAGGUGUCAAAGGAAAAAGAGACAUCAAUUCAACAAUCAUCCUUGUCAUUAACUCCACCGUCACAUCAGCAGCAACAUGUUCAAUCGAAUUCUCCAGAAUUUGCAAUUCCUGCUUUACCAUCAUUGCAACCGCUCAAAAAGAACGCCUCCCAGACUCAGCAGUCACAACACUCUAUUGAAACAGCUUCCGUUCCACAAACAUCUCAACCUCAAGCAUCUAUUUCCCAACACCAUGACGACAAUACUUCGAAACCAAAAUCUCAGAGCGAAGAGGUCGUUAUAAAACCAGGCUCGACUAUUACUCAAGAUUCUCCACAAUUAGAUGAAAUUAUUGAUGAAGAUGGAGAACGAGACGGUGACACAAUGAAUGGUGUCAGCGUUACUAAGGACGGUGACAUUUCCAGAGAGUUAGCCCAAAAACAUGACGAAAUGGUUACAGAGGAUGGUCAUGAUAUCCAGAAUUCCAAACCUCAAAAAUCAGAUAUCAUCACAGUGAACCCUGCCGCAGAAGUUAAAGAAACAGAGAUUGUUCAGGUACUGUUUGACACAACCAGUGCUACUGUUAAACCUCAAACGGACGACAAACACAUGGAUGACACUACCACCUUGUCAACCACCACCUUAAUGCAAAAUCAACAAGGCAAAAAUCCUAACAUUACCAACGAAGUCGAUGACGAUGCAACUCCAACGGAUAUCAUCUUGGAAACAGAUCAAUUUUCCAACUCGAUCAAAGAAAGGGUUGAGACAAAAUUGUCUCCUCAGCUAGCAGAGGAAAUAUCGAAUGCCUCACAUUCCAUGCAAACAGCAAACCAAGAGACAACGUCAGAAAUUGUUUCAAAAAUUGAAUCCACGUCACACCAAGAGAUCAACAUGGUCACAACAACAACUGCAGAUCAAACAACCACUACUUUAACAAAUGUCUCACAUGCCUUCAUGCCAAUACUCGAAGUUCAGUUUAGUGGUGAGAUGCCGUCACCAUCCUCUGCAAAUAGCAAUAACAGCACUGGCACAACUCAUUUCGAAGCAGCUACAGGUCAAGAGGUAGCUAGUGUGAAAAUAUCCACUGCAGGUGUUGCCAGUGGUAUGAUCACAAACGACCAUAGUGACGAGGAAACCCCCAAAGAUCUCACACCUCCAGUUCAAGUUUUUGAGGAUACCUCAAAGAAUUUCAACCCAUUGGUGAAUGACACCCCCUCAAAGACCAAAGCCAAAACAGAGAUAACUAUGCACAAUGAUGAAGAAAUUCCAGCAACACCAACACCUGCUAAACCGCUGCUCACAGAUGCCUCUUCGCCCGCUCGUACAGAAUUAGCAACACCAACCUACGAACACACACCAGCAAUGGACAUGUCAAGCAAAACAAUAAUUCCUGCCACCAUUGUGUUAGAUCCUUUAGAGCUUGGAGGAGAGGAUGACAUGGUUGAUGACGACUUUGAUAGCAAUGACGAAGAUGACAAACAGCCAAUCUCUACCCCACCUAAUAAUACGAGUCGAAUAUUGUCCUACACCACUCCUCGUUCAGAAAGAGGAGAAGAUGGAGCUUCCAUAUCCAGUCAAGCAGCUGUCGAAGAAACUCAAUAUCCAGCAAUUAAGAUUGAUUUAGAUUUAGGACAAUUAUCGCCAUCAAAAAAGAACAAUCCAUUCAUGCAAGCACCAGUUUGUGAAAAUGAACAAUCUGAAUCGGAUGAAGAACAAGAGUCCCCUAAAACACCAUCUCCAACAGCACUUGGCUUGAAUAUACAAUUUUCUUCUCCUCCCCUUAUUAAUACCAUUUCACCCAUUGUUAAAACGAGUGUGACUUCUCCCAUUGUUUUCAACAAUAACAAUUCCAAAGCCCUCGACUCGUUUUUGAACCAACCAUGCAAGUAG